AAGAAAUCUUUAUCUUUUAGUCCUGAUUGGUCAGUUAAAUGUUACUUUACCUGUCGAGUAAAGGUUUCGAAUGCAACCUGGCAGAAAAAGCUAUAACACGUGGGGAUACUUGGUUAGAAGUGUGAGCUUUAAAUAAUAAUAAUUUGUAUUUUUCUGGCUGAGAGAAUUUAGUUUCAAAAAAUGCCGAAAUCAAAGAGGGACAAGAAAGUAUCACUUACCAAUACUAGUAAAAAAGGUUUAGUUUUGAAGCAACGUAUCAUAGAAGAUGUUAAGAAAUGUAUGGAGGAAUACAAUCGUGUAUUCCUAAUCUCUAUUCAGAAUACACGCAAUACUAAGCUACUUGAUCUGCGUGCCGAGUGGAAAGAUAGUAGACUUUUCUUUGGUAAGAUCAGAAUAAUUGCAUUAGGCCUGGGAAAAUCAGCAAAGACUGAGGUUGCAAAUGGCAUUCAUAAAUUAGCUAAUGCAAUGAGGAAUCAUACAAUGAAAGGUCAAUGUGGCUUGUUGUUCACCAAUAGAACAAAAAAAGAGGUAAUAGAAUGGGCAAAUGGGUACGAAAAAUUAGAAUAUGCACGUGCUGGAUUUGUGGCACCUCAGUCGGUAAAAUUACCCGAGGGACCACUACCACAGUUCCAACACAGCAUGGAGCCACAGUUGAGACAAUUGGGUAUGCCUACUUCAUUGCAAAAAGGUGUCAUUACCUUAAUCAAAUCAUACAAAGUUUGUCAGAAGGGUGAUGUAUUGACAUCGGAACAGGCACAAAUUUUGAAAUUAUUAGAUAAACCGCUAGCAGUUUUUAAAUUGCUACUUCUGGGAGUAUAUACGAAAAAACAUGGUUUUAAAAAACUCGCAGCAUCUAAGGUCACAAAAGAGAAUGAUGAAGAAGAAAUGGAUGUGGAAAAAGACAACAAUACAUGAAAUUUAUAUUGUAUAUAUAUAUAUAUAUAUAUAGUUUUAGGAAA